CUGCGCGGUUAUGCUACCUGGGCCAUACUGGGCCUCUGUAUCGGAUCCCCCAGAUCCUUCCUGUUCCAUCACGACGGGGAGAGAAGAGGAGCUCUCACAUGGCGGCGGUUGCGGAGUUCAUCUGAUCGUGCUGAAGGAUUUGGUAGAUACUGCUCACUAUGUUCUCUGAAAACCCUAAAUCAAAAAAGCAAAGGACGGAGGAAUGCAUCAUAAACUCCCUCCCAAGUGACCUCAUUGAGCAAAUAUUUUUGGGGCUUCCAGUGAGCACUUUGUUGAGGUGCAUCGGUGUCUGCAAGAUAUGGUACAACUUCAUCCGUGACCCCCAGUUCGUCACAGCACAACUCCAGCAUGCACCUCGUUGUGCACUCCUAUUCUUCCCUCAAGAAUCUGUUGAGAGGAAGCUCUACCCUAGUGAUGCUAUCAUCUUUGAUGAAGCUUGGUCACAGUCGACAAGGGCUGUGCCAGUGAUUGGGCCUGAUGAUUUCCUUUGCGGUUCAUGCAAUGGGCUUCUUUGCUUAUACACAAAGACAUCAACAAUCAAGAUUGCUAACUUUGCAACUGGUGAAUGCCUGCAUCUUGAUAAACCUAUAAAGAAUUUGAAGGGCGAUCACUUCUCUUUCUACAGCUUCGGAUUUCACCCAGUAACAAAAGAAUACAAGGUUACACACUUUAUUGGUGAGGACCAAAACUAUUCUCGAGGUACGUUCAAUGCCAUUCAAGUUUACACACUUGGUAGUGAGAAUUGGAAAGAUGUAGCUACUCCAGAAGCUUUAAACUUGUUCUCUAUGAGAAAUUCUGGAGUAGUCAAUGUUGAUGGAGCAAUGUGUUGGCUAACCGAAGACAUUGGAGCUAGCUGGAAGCAUUCAGUUAUCUCCUUUGAUCUCAGCAAAGAAACUUUUACACGGAUACAACUUCCAGCAGUUGCACUUGGGGGUUCUGGUUGUCGUCGGUAUUGGAUCACAGAGAUAGACAGGAAGGUAUGUGUUGCGACUGCUCAAGUCUACCGUCAUCUCCCCAGAAUGCUUGCUGGUGAGCUGCGGAUCUGGACACUUGACAACAAAGUAGAGCAAAGGUGGAGCCAGAAGUGCAUUAUUCAGCAUGCACCAAAUUACAUUCCAGGACCACAUUUCGUUCACAGGGAUAAGAUCAUGAUGCAUAGUCGUGAUUGUAAUCUAUAUUCAUAUGAGUUGUUUGGCAAGAACUAUGAGAUUAAAUUGAGUAGUAGGGCGAAGCUGUUGGAUUUCAGCCCCCACAAACCGCAGAACAUGCAAUCCUACAUAUGUGUGAAGUCACUUGUACGAUUAGAUGCAUACAAGAAGGUUGGUCUUGUGCGGAGACCAAAACGGUGGGAAGGCUGGGAAUUGAAGAAGUGGGAGGUGUGGGAGCGUGAGCUUCGCAAUUUAGAGGAUUUGUGUAGCACCAUCCAUCAAUUGGAGCAGGACAUGUCUGAACUUGCACAUUUGAUGGCCACGAAAAUCAAUCAGGUGCUGCAUUGGCUACCAGAUGAGACGCGGCAUGUGGGUAUGAAAAUCAUCCAAAUGUUGCAGUGUGCACCAGAUGGUCCAGAUCAGCCAACGUCCUCUCGGCGGCUUAAUUGGGUGGAGCACAAGCAGGUCAUGGAGAAGUUGCGGAUCCGUGUCGAUAAUCUGAGAUAUAAAAUUGAGGCCACAACUCAGGCAAAGGAAAAGAUCUUUAGUGUACUAGAUAGUUAUAUACCAGACCAGGGUGGUUCAAGUUCAAAUGCUGAAAAUAGUCCACAAUGAUAAUGGUGAUAAGAUGACUGGAGAGCUACUUAGUCAUGUUAUUCUUGUCUGCUAGGCCUGUUCGGGAGUCGCGUGGAUUCUUAAAGAAUUUUGCAUAGCUGCAGGGAGGAGUUUGGUCAACCGUUUGAUCUGAACCAAUGCACCAUGUACCUGAAACUGAAAUGUUUUAACUUCUUUCGAAUAUGUCCUGCACUAUUCUGCCUGUGCUUCGAAUAUUCUGUGCUAGAGUCGGCUAUCAGGAAUUCAGAAUGUCUUUUGUAUGUUCAAAAGAUGGCAAUGCCUGAAACAAAGCCUAAAUCACAAGCAGAGGUGCCGAUAUCAUUUUCGAGGUGCUUCAGAUUUCCA